UCUGACACGCUGCUGUACAUGCUGCAUGACAGUCUCUCCAGACUUGCCAACAUCAAGAAGAUAGAAGUGGCCAAACAGAAUGAGCAUGAGUGGAAUGCUCUGUCGAUGCAGGAGAAGAUGGACAAAGAACACUUCCUGAAGAACGAGGAACAUGUGGGGAAAGGCUUCAUGGCCAUGGCUAACCAGACUCUGGAGUUUAUUGACCUAUUGACGAGAGCUGAGGAGGUGGCCAGGUGCUUCACACGACAACCACUAGCCAAGAGAUCAGCAUCAGUGAUCUGUGGGUUUUUAGAAUCUCUGUGUGGAGCCAAAGCGAAGGAUUACAAGGUGAAAGAUUUUGAGAAAUACAACUUCAGUCCACAACAGCUACUGUUGCAAAUUACAACAAUCCUACUUAGAAUUGCCCGUGAGGUGCCGGCCUCAAAUGACAACUUCCUGGUAAAUGUGGCAACUGAUGCUGACUUUGAUGCCAGUAACCUGGACAAGGCCCUCUCUGUCAUCAGCUCCAAGGGUCUGUCUGAAGAGGAGGACAGUCUCCAGCAGUUCCAGCAACUCAUACAACAGUUACGUCAGCUACAUGAGGAGAGAAAGUCGGACGAUAUGGCCGACUCGGAUGAGCUGAGUGUGAUGAAGGAGCUGGAUGGUGUGGCUGUAGACCAGGACAAGGUGCUGGAGGUCUACACCCGCUGUAUGAUGGGCUAUCGCUUCCUCACAGCAGACAUACAGGAAAGUCACAGCUACCUGAGUAAUUUGCAGAGUCUUGAUCCAAGGUCCCCCAAGGUGAAGACUCUGAUGAAGGAAAUGAAGCAGCUGUGCCAGAACCUGCCUGUUCACCCCAAUGCGCCAUCUUUGUUGUUCAGGAGGAGGAGCGAUUGAUGUGAUGCGAAAGCCUGGUAACAGGGCCUGUUGGGACACCUUACAGUCUGGGUUGUUUCGUUUGACAUUUACUUCCCCGCCAGCUACCCAAACAGUGCCCCACUGGUGAAGAUCAUCACCACGGGAGGAGGAAGUGUCAGAUUCAACCCCAACCUGUACUCUGACGGCAAGGUGUGCCUGAGUCUCCUGGGUACGUGGCAUGGCGGUGAUGCCAGUGAGAAGUGGAACCCUUCCAAGUCCAGCAUAUACCA